UAGAGAGCUCUGAAACAGAGAUCAGGAGCACAAAUCACACUACCUGCAACUCCCUACCCUUCCUCUCUCAUCUCACUGCACUCUAAUCUCAACAUGGCAUUCUCUGAAGCAGAAGUGCAGAGGGCUCGUGGGGCCUGGGAGAAGAUGUAUGCCAAUGCUGAAGACAAUGGGACAACUGUGCUGGUCAGAAUGUUUACAGAACACCCAGACACCAAGUCCUACUUCACCCACUUUAAAGGGAUGGGCACAGCCGAAGAGAUGGAACAGUCAGAUCAGGUCAGGAGUCAUGGCAAGAGGGUCCUCACUGCCAUCAAUGACUUGGUCCAACACCUCGACAGCACUGAUGCUUUCCUUGGAAUAGUGAACCCAUUGGGCAAGAAACAUGCCAUGCAGCUCAAGGUUGACCCCAAGAACUUUAGGAUAAUCUGUGACAUUAUCUUGCAACUGAUGGAGGAGAAAUAUGGUGGAGACUGCAAGGCUUCCUUUGAGAAGGUGACCAACGAAAUCUGCACUCGCCUGAACAAUGCCUACAAAGAAGCUGGCUGGUGAGGAAGUGCCAUCUCUGGGCUCCUAAAACCUCUCACCAACACCAAGACUCAGCACUGAAUCACUGACUUUGAACUUCCAGCCACAGUUGAAAGUUAAGAAAAAACAGGAAAAGCUAACAUGAACAUAGGAACGUAAAUACAUAUAGGAAAAUAAAAACAUAUACAUCAAAAGCAACCAACAAAUCUUCAUGCACUUUGCACCUAGAGAUGUCCCAGUUUGAUUCUUCUGUCAAUAUGUAUGUAAAUUAGCAAUAAUCUUGAAAGCCCAUGUAAUACAUUUUAAGGUAGAUACUUCUGGAUAAAAGACUCAUCACUUCACCUGCUACUAGAAUAGAAAGGAACCAACCUCCCUAUCACCUCCCAUCUUUCCAUCCCUUGAGUGAUGGAGCAGUAUUCCCUUUCAGAGCAUCUAAUCCUCUGGUCAGCAACCUGAAGGGGUCAUUUUUGAAGUAACAUGAGAGGUGUUCCUUUCUCGAACUGCCCUGCUUGUGAAAUACUGAGUGGAAGGCUCCAGGUGCGUGAGCAAUUAACUACUGAGAAACCAUGAAGGAAGUCACCAGAUUGGCUUGUGCAAGGAUGGUGAGAUUUCCAGAAGCAUGGGGUGAUAGUCAUCAUCAGGCCAAACAAGGCCACCCACCCCUUCAUGGUGGUAAAUGAAGGCAGACCUCAAAUGAAGUACAGGCCUUAGCAGCAGAGUUUAAUUCUUAAUCUGUCCACUAGAUGGCAGUGGUAUCACACAUACUAGUUUGUAUACUAUGUAAACAAUGCCUUAAAAUUAAUCCAGCUGAGACAGUCUUUCCUUCAUCAGCUGAGUGGGGCCUGGCAGGUUUGACUUUGGUGUAAAUUCCUCUAUAGUCCUUCCCCUCUUCCUUGUCAGCGUUCCUGUUCCAUAACGAUGCCUCAGCCUCUCUUCACCAGAAAAUGACCCAGUGUUUGCUUGAUUGUUUUUCCUUGUACUUAAAGGAAGUGGUGAAAUCGUUAGUUAUUAUAUUUAACAGCAUGUGUCCUUCUGCUUAAGUGUAAUUGCAGAUAUCACUUGAUUGUAAUAAAUAGAAUUAA